CUAGCUCGUAGGCCUAGUACAGCAAACCACUGCAAGGAAGUAAAGGCCAAGGAGGACACAGCAUCUUUCCCCUCUUCCAGGUUUCCAGCAAAUGCCAUGCCAUGCCUCCGCGGCUGCCCAGCCAGGGCAGGAGUCCGCAGGACAGCACUCGCCCAACCCCAACCUUCCCCGCGACAAUCUCCCCUGAUCCGAACCUCCUCCUCCCUCCAGAAUCCACUCCAAUCUCACGCGCCAGCCUGGCACGCGACCGUGGUCAGCUUCCAGCUCACUGCCCUCCUACGGCCUAUAUAUACACACACUCAACCACACGGCCACACCCACACCCACUCUACUCUCCCCUGCUCCUCGCAUCCCCAGCUCACACAAGUCCGGAGCUCACAUACAAAUCGAGAAAACAGAGUAGUAUUCCUCCAGUUAAUAGCGGCUGCAAUGGCGAGGCGCGGCUUCUUGUGUUCGCCGAGGGUGCUGGUGCUUCUUCUGCUGCUGGUUCUCGGCGACGCGGCCGCGAUGGCGAUGGCCAGGCAGCUGCUGGGCGGCGUGGCGCAGACGCCGUGGCCGGCCGGCGCACCGGCGGCGGAGGGGCCGGCCGGCGACGUGGCGCGGCCGCGGCGGCACGAGGACAGGUCGAUCGCCGGCGCCGAAGUGAUCCUUGCCGGGUUCGCGGCGGCGGUGGUGGCCGCCAUCUUCUGCUACAUCAGGGUCACCAGGAAGAAGAGCAGCGGCAGCCACGGGGCGACGCUCGGAACGGCGCCGGAGAAGGUUUGAAACAAGACGAUAAAGUAUGCAAUAUCUAGACACUACCACUAGUGUAUUAGGUUGUUCAUGUCUUGUUUUCGUGGUUCAGAGAGAGUUGUAAAGAGGAUGAAAUGGCAGGAUUUGGUAGAGUUUUUAGUCUCGGAGCACCGAGCUCCAUUGCUUAGAUGCAGAGAUGGCCGGCCACCUCUGUGGUUGUACAUGUGUUGAGAAUGAGAAUGAGAAUGAGAUGUAGGGAAAAGAAAGCAUCAGCUGAGCUAUUACUGUUCUUGAUAGCGUAUCCGAGCUCUGUUGAGAUCCUCCUGUUGAAAUCUUAAAUCAUAUCUCCAGCUUCCA